GUUGCCAGCAGUCAUAAAAAAAUACACAGAAGAAGACGAAGAGCUUGAAACAAAACAUUCUUUCGACUGUAUCAACUUCUGCAGCUCAACAUACGCAAAAUGACUUGUUUUAUGAAUUUCUUUACGUUUAUUUUCAAGGUAGUAACGUUGCCACUACAAUUAAUGGAAGUGGUUGGCAUAUAUGGCAUCUACAAGCGUUUCUUUCCAUUUCUAAUUUACAAGAUAUCUUUCACCUACAACAAGAAAAUGAACGACAAAAAGAAGGAUCUUUUCAGCAAUCUCUCAGAGUUCACCAAAGGCAAUGGCCCGCUUCGCAUUUUGGAGAUCGGUUGCGGAAGCGGGGCUAACUUUGAAUUCUACCCGUCUGGUUGCAAGGUGGUUUGCACCGACCCCAAUCCUCACUUCGAGAAGUAUCUACAAAAAAGUAUGGCUGUCAAUGAUCACCUAACAUUUGAAAGAUUUGUGGUCGCUUCCGGAGAGGACAUGGGGGCAGUGAAAGAUGACUCUGUGGACGUUGUCGUCUGCACGCUGGUGCUGUGUUCUGUCAACAACAUACCGCGAACAUUGCAGGAGGCGCAUCGCAUAUUGAGGCCUGGUGGUGCUCUGUACUUUUUAGAGCAUGUAGUGGCAGACCCAUCCUCUUGGACAUACUUCUUCCAGCACGUCCUCCAGCCGAUAUGGUACUACUUUGGGGAUGGAUGUGAAGUAGUCAGGGCGACAUGGAAACAUCUGGAGACUGCCGGGUUCUCUGAGCUCAAACUGAGGCACAUCGAGGCACCACUCAACUUCAUGAUCAAACCACAUAUUAUAGGCUAUGCUGUCAAGUAAAGUUUGACAAAAAAAAUCAAAAAAGCACUUGCACAUCUGAGUUAUCUCCUUGCAAGUGUGUGGGGAAUAAUGUGAUGACGAUUUAAAGAAAAAAUAAACUUUUGUAUCACUUGUUCCUAUGCAGGCUUUAAUAUAAUACGUCAUAAGCAAGAGUGCGGGCUUCUCUUUUCUUUACAGUAAAGUUUGAUAAAAAUCUCUGGUCUUAGGCCUAUCCCAGCAACUGUUUAAAAAUAAUUGUUGACACUUUUAUGUAUUCAGUGUAAUUUUAUAACCCAUAUUUUACCAGGUAAGUUGACUCAGAACACGUUAUUAUUUAACUUGGGGAAUAGCUAUUGGGGAUGAAUGAGCCAAUUGGAAGCUAGGCAUGAUUAGAUGGCCAUGACAGUCAGAUUGGGAAUUUAGCCAGGACACUGGGGUUAACAUCACUGGUCUUACAAUAAGUGCCAUGGGAGUCAGGACACCUGUUUAACGUCCCAUCCAAAAGACCACACCCUACACAGGGCAAUGUCCAUAAUCGCUGCCCUGGGAUAUUUUUAUUGACCAGAGGAUAGAGUGCCUCCUACUGGCCCUCCAACACAACUUCCAGCAGCAACUGGUCUCCCAUCCAGGGAAUGACCAGUCCAACCCUGCUUAGCUUCAGAGGAAAGCCAGCAGCAUACCACUAAGUGUUAUUUUGGUUUUGUGCACUUUUCUUAAAAAGAGUUAAAAAAAAGUACUUAAAAUGGCAUAUACAGGGAGUGUGUAUUAAUCUGAAGAGAUCACCUCUGUGUAACCAAAUGGGGCAACAAGCUGUUUUUUCUUUAGGGAGAGUGGAGGCUCAGAAUGCUAGGAGAAGAGGACCGCUGUCAUCUAGUGGAUAUAAACUCUAACCAAUAGGCCACCACCUGAUCAGAUAAACUCUGGGUCUGAGACAUGUUCCAUAGGGAGAAUCUCAAUUGGAUACUCAAGUCCUCCUCUCUACCUUCUCAAAAUCCAUUGAAUGAGAAAGCUAGAUGUCCCGCCACUCAAACAUUCUCCUCCAACAGGUUUUGAGGAGAGGGAGAAAGGAUGUGAGGAGUAUGCAAUUCUCCCAUAGUUUAGUUUGGCAUUUCCUCAAUUCCUCCUGGCAUUACAGUGUUUUCAUAAAGUAUUCUUGACUUUUUUCACAUUUUGUUGUGUUACAGUCUGAAUUUAAAAUGGAUUAACUUGAGAUUUUGUGCCACUGGCCUACACAUAAUACCCCAUAAUGUCAAAGUGGAAUUGUUUUUUGAAAUUUGUUCACAUUAAUUAAAAAUGAAAAGCU